ACGUAUGCCACCUCUCACCGGUUCCGGGUAGCAGAAACGGAGCUUGUUCCUGGAGCUGCCUGUGUUUUGAAAGGAUAUCGAAAACGCAUGAUCUUUUGUGUCAAAAACGUAAUUAUUGAUAAAAUAUCAAAACAUGGCGGUGAACACAGGCACAUCCCUGGUUCUGUCCAGUCUGUUCUCUGUGUUGGUGUUUGCUGGGAUGCAGAUGUUCAGCAGACAGCUGGGCUCUACAGAGUUGCUCACCAUCCUGGGAGGCUUCCUGGGCUCUGUCCUCUUCAUCUGCUCCCUCACUGCCUUCAGUAACCUGGAAAACCUCAUCUUCGGCAAGGGAUUCCAGGUCAAGAUCUUCCCAGAGAUCCUGGUGUGCCUGUGCCUCUCUCUGUUUGCCUCUGGGCUGGUGCACCGUGUGUGUGUCACCACAUGUCUGAUAUUCUCUCUGUUCGCCCUCUACUACAUCAACAAAGUGUCUGCUGCUCUGUACCAGGCAGGCGUUCCCACGGUAAUGCCAGCCAAGGCUGCCAGCAAGGGCAAGAAAAAGAACUAAGUCACUAAUUAGAUCAAACUUUCAUACCGUCAUCCAAUCAGCAUCCACUACAACGGCUAACCAGUCAAGGGAGAAAUGGUGUAGGUUAGCCAAUGACAGCGUACCCCAGUUUCCAUUUUGUAGGUCGUGCCAACCAGCGUUCUUACAUAUUUUCCUUGACUUCUUAACUCUAUGAUCACUGAUCUCCAAGGACUGGACAUCUCUCAGCACUAUAGAUAGCCUGAGACCUACCCAGCCCAUCCAUACACUGUUCUCAGCACUAUAGAUAGCCCGAGACCUACCCAGCCCAUCCAUACACUGUUCUCAGCACUAUAGAUAGCCCGAGACCUACCCAGCCCAUCCAUACACUGUUCUCAGCACUAUAGAUAGCCCGAGACCUACCCAGCCCAUCCAUACACUGUUCUCAGCAGUAUAGAUAGCCUGAGACCUACCCAGCCCAUCCAUACACUGUUCUCAGCACUAUAGAUAGCCCGAGACCUACCCAGCCCAUCCAUACACUGUUCUCAGCACUAUAGAUAGCCCGAGACCUACCCAGCCCAUCCAUACACUGUUCUCAGCAGUAUAGAUAGCCUGAGACCUACCCAGCCCAUCCAUACACUGUUCUCAGCAGUAUAGAUAGCCUGAGACCUACCCAGCCCAUCCAUACACUGUUCUCAGCACUAUAGAUAGCCUGAGACCUACCCAGGCCAUCCAUACACUGUUCUCAGCACUAUAGAUAGCCUGAGACCUACCCAGGCCAUCCAUACACUGUUCUCAGCACUAUAGAUAGCCUGAGACCUACCCAGGCCAUCCAUACACUGUUCUCAGCACUAUAGAUAGCCUGAGACCUACCCAGGCCAUCCAUACACUGUUCUCAGCAGUAUAGAUAGCCCGAGACCUACCCAGCCCAUCCAUAAACUGUUCUCAGCAGUCAUGAGGCCUGGGGUGGAGGAAAGGAAGUAGUUUGGGAUCUAGCCAGAAUCAUGUCUCUACAUUCCCUACAUCAUCCCCAUGUACUGAGCACUUGUUUCAAACUGCUUGUCUACAGAUCCAUAUUUUUGAUUGAUUGUCCUUUUUGUUUUGGUAUGAAAACUUUGUUGUUAAGGGAAUUUGUAAUUAAAACCCAUUGAAAAUAG